CUAGUUCCUCCUUUCAAUCAAGGGACAUCGUGCCAGACAGGCAACAGCAUAACAUCCUCUAUUUUAAUAUAUCCUGGAGCAACACAGCUCACAGAGGUUAUCUGUGUAAAGUCAUGGCUAUAGAGACACAACAACCAGCCAGAAGACUGAAGAAAACAAUGGCCAUCAAUUCUGUGAGCCUCAUGUUCAUAUGGCUGCUGCCACUGACAGCAAGCAGCGCAGUGACCUCUGGCCAGAAUAACAACUUCACUAAUGUGAUGACAGGAACACAGAGUAAGUUCACCCACGACCAGUUGACAACACAGGAGGUUUCCAGCUGGAAUCCACUCUCAGAAGUCCCCGGACGUAAAGCCACACAGUCUGUCCAGAGUGAUGUUAACCCAACGAAGGAAGCUACAAAACCCAGCACUAAACUUUCACUGCAAACAGCUCUAACAACACCUUCUCAGACAUUCUUACCAGGUUCUCAAACAGCAGCAACUCCAACCAAUUCCUCAUCGUCUCAGUUAAACAGCUCAACAGUAGGCAUGAAGUCCAACACAGAGACACAAUCUAGAGUCACGACAACAGCAACAACAGUUGUAACCAGUCAUGCCAGCUUCUCAACCACAACUACACCGUCAAUGCUAAGCAGUUCCACCCAAAGACAGUUCACCAGUGAUAUAAUGACCCGUUCAUCACAGUCUACGAACUCUAUCUCUACUACAAUCACAUCUACCGAGCCUGUUGAAAACAAAUCUACAAGUUCAAGCCUCGUCAGAGGCGGCGACGCCACGCAGUCCACAGGUUUGUACAAAACUUUAAUGUCCACGAUCAAUACACCAAUCAUUCACAUCACCAAGGCGAAGGAAAGACCAGAUCCUCAAGAAAAAAAUGGAAAGUCCGAUAAGGGAACAAGUCACAGCAGAGCAGUGGCAGGACUAAUAGGUGGAGCCCUGGUAUUGAUGAUGGUAGGAUUCCUGGUCAUCUAUAUAAAGAAACGGAAGCUUCAGAGGCAGAAGAUAACAACUGGAGACUGGGCCGGUCUUUCACCGUUUCUUGAGGGUGGAGCAGUUACACUGAGGUCAUCUAACCAAAUCUCUCUUUCCAGCUUCCUGCCACAGAGGCUGUCCAAAAGGUUGUCCUUUCUCCCAGAAACAGAAAAUGAGUUAGAAGAAAUGAUACCAGGUAAUACAUUUGGAAAUAAACAACAAGGGACUACAUUUGGUCAAGAGGUGGCUGGAAAUGAUGUACAUGAAAGCAAUUGGACUGCUGUAGUAGUUCCAGAAAUUAAAAGCACAGACACUCCAGAGACUGUUCAAACUCUGUCCCAGUGACCUCUUCACAAACAAAUGACCCGCCGGACACAAAAAAAAUCCCAAGGUUGCAAACCAGUCAAGACAGAUCCAAAUUCUCCCGCUGUAUUUAAAACUGUGGAAAACGUUGUGGCACGACUGAAUAAUCACUGUGAGCAACCAUGAGUGAACUUCAGCCUCAAACCCACAAAUGCAUCCACUUUUACUGGUUUCCAGGCAACAACAACAGUGACUGAGAACACAGGAAACUAACUUGUCAUCGUUUGAGGAAAUCAUCAUGAGAGAAGUUAUAUUUAUCUAGGUCUCUACUGCAAAAUUUGAAUAAAAGCCGAACAAUAAAGCAGUAUAUUAUCAACACAGAAGAUCACAAUUAAAGAAAAGAAAUAGUCAGAAAAUACCCACACAAUUUUAAACUGCAAUGGAACUAAAAGUAAACAGAAAAGUAUUUUUUUCACAUGGUCUCAAUCAUGUGUGAUGCACAGGGCAAUGUUAGAGUCUUAAGUCAGGCUACUGAAGCCUUUACUGUCAUCCUGGUUCCUAAUUAUAGUCAUCAGCAAGGUAACUGUCUCCCAUCAUCACGUCAGGGAUUCUGACAGCAGACGCCUGCUCUAUUUUCUUUAUUACCAUGUAAAAAAAGUCUCCCAGUCCUGAAGAGUAAAUCUAAAAUGCUCUCUUGGAAACGGCUCCUGGAGAAAAUGUAACCAUGAGGUGCACGCAGGCCCCUUUGUAUUCUUCUUGUGGGGGAUGCAGGUUACAGUAAGUGGGGGUGAGGACAAACAGUAAUUAAGUAUCCGCAUAGGGAAUGUUUCGCUGAGCACUUUUUUAGUUUAUUUUGCAAUUAAGUGCAUAUUAGAAAGGGGUAGAAGUGUGAGAUGGGAGGGGCUACUGAGUUAUGGGUUAAAGGUUCUGUAUGUUAACGGCUACGUGGUUAUGUGUAUUUCUAGGAUAUGAGUCAUGAGAAGAAUAUGUCAGUGUAUUCAAUCGAGUUCUUUGGUCAUCUUGUUCCUUUGCAUGUUGGUAAUGAUCCUGAUCAUAACGUUUCUGUAAAUGUAUUUAUUUUUAAUAGUUUUGUGUUUCUUUUAUUGUAUCUGCAGAGAAUUCAGAAUGUUAAGCAAAGAAAAAAAGCUGAGUGAAAUUGUUUUUUGUCACAUCUUUUAGUGCUUGUGGUUUUGGGUGUCACAUUAAAAGCAACACACACACGUCCACGUACCAAAUAAUUCUACAGCUGUACUUUAACUGGUUUCCUCCGAAGACGAUUACUAUUAAAACAUAUUAAGACCUACCAGACCAAAGACAAAGGGAAGGACUUCACUGCAAUCAGUACCAAUUUAUUCAGCUACAUCAGCUCAGCUUAAGUGAGUCAUUUUACUGACAAAUGUACCCGCCCGACACCAGCACAUAGACAGGCCCUGUGUUCACAUGGUGAUGAACACCAUCGCGCAUGAGCCAAGAAAAGGGAUUCAAAAUAUUUGCUGCUGUCAGACCGUGUUCAUGUUCAUGUGUUGCAUUGUUCUCGUCAAACAACAAUCAUUUUGUAGAUGCGAUAAUAUAUUUCUAACAAUAAGUCUGAAUUAAAGUUAGUUUUCAUUA